CUAAAAGGUCUCUUAUAUAUGAUGCAGAGGCAAGCAGACCUGCUGUCAAGUUCUUUUCCAUCUUACUUUUCUCCAUUAGGAGAAAAUUGUACUGAAGUAAACAAACAAAAGACCUGUUCACAGUUAACAUUGCUUCCCCCUUGCCCUACAGAUAGCAAAGUGCAUCUAAAUGGCUUCUACUCUGACCUCAGCAAACUGAUGAUGAAAAGAAGGCGGCUGUGGGAUUAUUCAUUUCAGCUUCCCUGGAUGAUGGAUGGAGAGAUAUUCACUGCCACUUUUGUGCCAUCUGGGAACAUGACACCAAAUUCUAGCAUGACCCUGGAACAGAAAACAACAUUUGCCUUUGUGAUUUUAUUAUUUAUUUUCUUGGGAAUCCUCAUUGUUCGCUGCUUCUGAAUUCUCCUCGACCCCUACCACAGUAUGCCAACAUCAACCUGGGCUGAUGGACUUGAUGGACUGGAGAAAGGCCAGUUUGACUAUUCUUUUCCUUAGAGUCUGAGAAGUAUGGAGGCUUAUUUAGCACUCUGAUAAAGAAAAAUGAUGGAAUAUCUAUUUUGUUUCUGGUUUACAUUUUUUUUCAAAUAUUGUAGGAGAUGCAACAUACAAAUAUGCACACAAUGAAUUUGAUUUUAAUUAAAUACCAAAGCAAGUUGGAUUUUUGAAAGUAGAUCACUGAAUCUCCUCAUUGGGAAAAAGAUAAAUGUUGCAUUAGCAGAAAUUUUCUUCAGAAUGCAUUGGAACAAUAUGUAGUGUAUGUGAUCUCUUAUAACCAGCUAAGAGACACUAGAGCACGUCUUCUCUUGCAUAGCUGUUUUAUCAUUAACAAGAGUCUGUGGAGAAGGUGUAUUACAAAUGAGGUAACAAUGUGUUUUUAUGAUCUGUAUGUAGUAAUUAGCUUUUAAAGCUCCACAAGACUCUUCUUACUCUAUCUCCCAUGCUUUGAAGACAAGUGAGGAAGUUUCCCAUACCGUAAGAUAAGAUUGAAAGAGCUGGAAAACUUCAGAAGAAAAAAAUUCCUCCAUGUUUUCCCAGGUAUUCAAUAAGAUGAUCUUUCUCAGUGUUAAGCAGUGAUUAAGCUACGUAAUACUAAAAAAUCACUGACUGUAACCUUUGUUGUGAAUAAGGUAUAUAAUGAUUUUGGCCUACCUUUGUCUUUUUGUGCCAAGCUGUUUUCUAUGAAGAUAGAUUUUUGCAUUGCUCUUACAACAGCUUAUGCAAAUAAAUUUCAGUCUUGCAUGUAUUUCAAAACCUGCAUUUCCAGCAUUCACUCAGUCCGUUUAUUGGGUGUGUAAGUCACACUGCAUUGUUUUUGUUUCCUAAUUGGAUGGCUGAAACAUUGGUGCUAAGA